UCAGUGCGAUUAUCAGAACCUCAGGGGAGGUGAGUGAAAUUUACCCUAUAAUCAUAUAGGAGUACUCCGUACUUGGUACUAACCUACGCGAUCAGAAUUCGAGCCAAACGGAGUGUAAAUCGAGUUCGAAAGAAACAGAAGAUAUCACAAUCAACAAUAAUGCUGCCGCGGAUGAAGAAGGCCAUCACUGAGAACCCAAAGAAACUCUCCAACUUGAUUGACCUUGUAAAUCUUCCUUCAACACUUCGAGAUUUUUUGGGUCAGUCUCAGAUCUCCCGUUUGGGCUGUUUUAUGCGUGUCUGGUCAUACAUCAAGGCCAACAAUCUCCAGGAUCGAAACAACAAGAACGUAGUAAACUGUGAUGAUAAGUUGAGAAGCAUUUUGUUGGGUAAGCCUCGAGUUGAGCUUGCUGAACUUCCUACACUGAUCAAGCUGCAUUUCCCAAAAGAGCCAAAAUGAUAUGACCAUUUGAAUUUAGGUGCCUAUCUUCUUCUUUCUCUUAGAUACAUUACCAUACACUCUAGCUGCUUCAUGUUUUGGUACUUAAGAAGUCAGUAUUCUUGUGCUUAGUUUUGUAACAGCAUAAAUGUGUGUUAUUUUAUGCCAGUUUUAAUCCUUCCCCAUAUUCAUCUGGCAAUGGAUUGUCCAUUGUAGUUGACAAUGUACCUUCAUGUAUAAAUCUGAGAUCAGUGUCUAUGAAACAAUGCUUGGCCUUUAUUAUGUUUAGUAGCUUGACUAUUGGCAGAGA